UUUGACCUUGAUGUUUAGUGCGGAUGGUUUGGUUUUCAUGUUCUAUGCAUCUUAUGGUGCUUUGUGGUUUACUUCUGUUAGAAUACAGAAAUCAAACUAGAUCAACCUGAAGAUUCAGAUGACGACUGUCAUUUCUAGACACACGUCCACCAUUUCUCUAGUUUCGCAGAAUUCGGUACAACUGGAGGCUGGGUUAUUAGUUCAGUGCCUUAAUCGCUACAAGGAAUAUCUUGAGUGCGGUUGUGAGAAGGUUUUGAACUCCAAAUUUUCGAAAAAGGGGAUAGGUUCAAAUGUUUUGAACAAUCCAAAUCCGUCAUUCGGCGAUGACACCGCUGAUACAGCAUCGUCAAGCAUUUCAGGCGGUACCGGUUUUGAAAAUAUCACAUCUUCAGUUGUUCGAAGACUGGAUGCUGGAGCACGCGAGAGUUUAGGUCAGCACUUAAUUCAGUUGUUGGCCACUAUUGUCUUACCCGAUCCUCCUCAGUCUAUAAGCGAAGUAGAUACUCGUUUAGUGGAUGGUUUGCCAGGCAUUCCGGAUAAGUUAAUGCCAUCCGAUAGUAAUAUGGAAAGUUACCGCAAUUUAGCUGAAAAAGGACGCAAAAAAAUGUUAAACUUACCAUUUGAUAAAAUAUUUACUGCCCUAAAAGAAUUCAGUGGACGUUUUAACUUUAAUGUAUGCAUUUAUAUCGUUGCUAUAGCUGAACAUGUGAUCGGAAAUUUUUUGCAGGCGGCUAUUUGCUACGAAGAUAAAGCUCUGACUGAAAAUGUUAUUCGUGCAUCAACUGUCGAGAAAUUGUUUAUCUUGUAUCGAGAUCGUGUUAAACCGCGUCGUAAAAUGUUUGAACAUCGUUUAGCAACAGCUAAUCUUUUUCCUCAAGACUAUGAUAAGUGUGUUGAUGAAUUAUGUAGUUUUCUGCAUACGUGCUUAGAACAAAUGAAUUUAUUGAUACGUGUAUUUCGUGAACCGAUAUUAUCAGUGAAUCCAUCGUCAUCAACAACAGGAACAUCUUAUGAACAACAAACAACAAUGUGUACACAUACCAAUGAAGAUAAUACACAAGUAUUAUUUGGUAACAUAUUAGAUGUGUAUAAUAAUAUGCGUAUUUUAUUGGAUACUAUUGAAGCAGAAGAUGAAGAUAAUUAUUCACCAAAUAUUGUAAAAUCUAAGAAUAAUUGUACAUUGUUAACAUCAUCAACAACGCCGUCAUCGGAAAUGUUGAAUAUUGUUAAACCACUGAAUACUUCUAAUAAUAGUAUUCUUAUUACUAACGGAAAUGAUAAAACGACGUUAAUGGAUUCAUUGUCUGAAACACUUACUACACUUGAAUCAAUACCAGAAAAACAAUUAUGUAGUGAUGAUAAUAGAAAUGAAAUGAAGAACAAUAUUAAACACAAUAACGAGUGCACUAAUGGAAAUAUCAGUAAUAAUUCAUCAGGAUCAACAUUUCAUUCACCCACUUCAACUGAUCAUACAUUCUCAAAUGAUGAUCAUGACGAUCGUUAUCCUCACCAUAAUAAACCAGAUUCAUCGAUCAACAAUCAUGAUAAUAGUGGUAGUGGUAGUAGUAAUAAUAAUAAGAAUAAAACUUAUCCUAGACGUCUAGUUGGUAUAUGUUUAAUUGAAUUGGCUGAAGAUGAUUCAUUGCAUGCAUUCAGUCGAUAUGCUAAUAUUGUACUAGAUUCUAACUCAAGAGAUCGUGUUUGGAAUUUAAUUGAACAUGAAGGUUAUGCACAGGAAUUAUGUCAAUUAAGUCGAACUAUUGUGCACACAGCUUCGUUGAAUAACAAACACCCUGGAUAUAAUUUCUUUCCAUCUUCAACAACAGCAACAACAACACCAGUGACUGACUUUCAUUCAUUUACAUGUUUGCACUGUCAGCACUGGGAUACAGUUGUUACUAAACCGCGUAGAAGAUCCACUUCAACAACUGUUACCCCUUUAAACAAUGACAAUAAUUCAUUCAAUGUACAUAAUAAAAAUACCAUGUCCACUUCUGUAGAUUCAGCAGAUAAAUUUGAUUUGACAUCGAAAAUGUCAUUAAAUCGUCAUCACCAUCGUUCACCUCAUUUAUUAGGAAUGAAUACUACAUCUUAUGCAAUUAAUUGUAACUAUUUAGUAAAUGCUACAAGAUACUUACUUCCACGAAUAAUUCUACUGCCAAUAUUUCAUUUUUUUUAUUUUCAUGAAUUAAUCGAGACGUUACAUCGGUGUGCUUAUGAUGAAGUUGAUCGGGCACGUUUAGAAGAUGUGCUUAGUAUGCUGAGGAAGACACGGGCAACACUAGAACGAGAUUUAGCUAAACAUCCAUGGGUUGCUUUGCAUUUAGUACGAUUGAUAUCAACUGGUCAGUUGACUGACCGUUAUCGUUCAUUAUAUUUGAAUGCUGUUUCUGGUGCUUCUUGUCCACCAAGUCCUGUGAACUAUACGGCUCCACCAUCACCUGUUAGUCUUUCGAAUCAAAUUGGGAGUCAUGUCUCAUGUGCUUCUAUGUUCAACACAAAUUGUAAUGCUUCGUCUAGUAAUAUAUUCAAUUAUCAUAAUACUCAUCAUUCUGUGCCAACAACAGCGAUAACGACAACACCAGUAUCGAUUAAUCCUGCUGAUCUAUCAUUCACAUAUAGCAAUACUGUUCAAAAUAAAGCCGAGGAAAUUGAAAAACUCUUAAGUAGUAAAGAUAAGUUAAUUAUGUCAAGUAAUUAUAUUAACACACUUGGUGAUUUUGUGAUGGAAAGUCGUGUACAUUUACGUACUACUGAUUCGAAAAAAUCAUCCAGUGAAUAUAUCGCCUAUUUAUUUACUGGUCUCUUAUUAAUUUGUAAAUGGCAAGAACGUCGUUCAACUCCAUUAAAUCCGAAUUCCAUGCAGCAGUCUAUUUUACGUAUUAAACAUCGUAUACCACUUGAUUUAAUUCAUGUUACUGAUUUGCCUCCAAUAGUUCAACCAAAUUUAGUUGGUUAUGUUGGUCAUAGUGGUCCAAUGACACCGUCUUUAGUUGGCGCUGCUGUUCUAGCUGCGACAUCUUCAAAUAAUAGUUAUUCGCAUAAUAUUAAUAAUAAUACUGCAUCUAAUAUGAACCCACAUGAAGAACCGUCAGCUACUGGGCUAUCAGCAUCAGGUUUUUUCUCGUCAAAUUUUAAUGGAUCUAUUUCAAGUCAUCCAAGUUUAGCUAGCUCUAGUGGCUCAGGAGGAAUCAGUGCAUUUCCAUUUCUUUUCGAAUUAGAAUAUGUUGAUUCGAGUUCAUGUAGUCCCACAACACUGCAGAAAUCGUUAAAUCAUUCCUAUAAUCGUCAUCAUCAUCACUAUAUGUGUCAUCCUGGUUCACAAAAAUCAUCCAUUGGAAGAAUAAACUACAAUGAAGAGGUAACUACUGCCACUACUACUACUAUUACUACCACUACCACUUCUAUCAAUGGUUGUAACGAAGGAAAUUCAACUUUGAAUAGUCUUUCUUCAUCAAAUAGUGCUUCUGAAAAAUUCACCUUCACUAAUUUAUCAUCUAGCAUCAAUGUUAAUCAUAUUCGAAUAUUUUUACGAACACCCGAAGAAAAAGCGGAUUGGAUAGCUAGUUUGCUAAGUAUUCAAAGUUAUCGGCUAUUUAUACGGUAUAUACGAACUUUACCCAGACUGGAAGUCUCACUUCGUUUGCCAUCGUCGCACAUUUACAAAUUUAGUCAACCUGAUAGUAUGAACAAUAUUAUAUUUGAAACAAAUGUGCCAAUAUCUAUGUUAUAUCCUUAUAAAAAUAAUGCGAUUACAAAUACAAAUCAACAUGAACAACAGCCUAUAAUUCAAUCAACUGAUGUAACAAAUCAUUUUGAUUCUGGUAAAAUACGUUUCAAUGAAUCAUCUAGUUAUUUAUGUACAACAGGUGAUACUAGUCCAGAUGGUGAAAGGGAAGAGGAAGAAUUAGAAGGAAAAGAUGAAGAUGAUGAAGGUGAUGAUGACGAUAAUAAUGGAGUAUUGAUAGGAUCGCAUUCUUUAGCGUCUUCUAAUAUUGUUGUUAAUUCUUCACCUCUUUCAUUAGUAAUUGGUCUAUCAUCACAAUCUUCACCGAUAACAAGUACAUCAUUAUCAUCAAAUAUUGAAAAUUCUACUACGACUAUUAAUCAUAAUAGUAAUUUUAUCGGCACUGAACGUAGUGAUGAUCGCAGUGGAGAGAUAAUAUUAUCUGGAAGUCAUGAAAAGCAAGACAGUACUAAUGUUAUGAUAUCAAUGUUGAGUAACAGUGGUUCAUCGAGUACAUUAACCCUGACUAGUCAUGGAUCAUCUAAUGAUUGUCAUAAUAAUAACAAUAAUCCAAACCAAACUCUUACGAAUGGUCGUACCAGUACAAUAAAAUCUUUGCGUGAUUAUGCUUUUCAACGACAAUCAUCGCAAUCCCCUAUUCGGUCUACUGAAAUUGUCAAUCAACGCUUUUCUAAUUCAUCCAGUUUUCCACCACAAAUACGUAUGGCUACAUUAGAUAAACUAAUUGAACGGCUCACCUAUCCAACUUAUUUUGAUACACGUUUAGUAAAUUGUUUCCUAUUGGUUUAUAGACGUGUUACUACAUCAGAUGAAUUGUUAGAUUUACUCAUUGAAAGGUUUCGUAUACCUGAUCCGGAAUUUCUACCUGAAGAAUGGAAUAUUGAAGUAGAGCAGGGUCAAUUGGAAUCUCCAGCACAGCAUAUGCUCAAAAGAUUUCGUUCAGGAUAUAAAAAGCGUAUUCAGUCUAGAGUGAUAAUGUUCCUAUCCCGUUGGGUUCGUAAUGUACGUUAUUAUCAGAAUGAUUUUGCUCCUAAUCCUCGACUACGUCAGAAACUGUUAGAUUUUUUAUCGAGUAUACAAGCUAGAUAUUUAAUUUCGUCUGUUGAACGUAUUAAACAUUAUUUGCAAAAUCCUCCAAUUUCUACACAAUAUCCUGAAACAAUGAUAAGAACAAUGGAAACAAGUAAAGAUAAUGCGGAUUUAUUGCCAAUAUCAUCAUCAUCUGACCCAACAUCUGUAUCACCAAUCGAAUCAAAUCAAUUAAGAAAUUUUGCAAAUCGUAUAACCUUAAAUAAUAUUCAUCCUUUCAAAUUAGCUGAACAGGUUACAUUAUAUGAAUGGGAAUUAUAUCGACGUAUACCAUUUUGGGAAGUUGAAAGUCGCGAUCGCACUGGUAAUGCUGUACCUAAUCUGAAUAAAUCAAAGUCAUUUUCAAAUCGUUUUCGCAGUUGGUUAAUCUAUUCGAUACUUAGUGAAGCACACCCAGAUGAUCGAAUAGUUGGCAUCCAACGUGUUAUCGACUUGAUGUUAAUUAUGGAGCAUAUGAAUAAUUUACAAGGAAGUCAGGAAGCCAAGUCAGCAUUGAUUAGUGCAGCCGUGUAUCGUUUGAGGAAGUCAUUUCAGGCUAUUCGUCGAAUGCGACAUUAUCGUGAAAUAGUUGAUCGUCUAAGACGUGAAGGUGUUCACAAUCCGAAAUGUCAGCGAACAUCCUCUUCGUGCUCAUCAUCAUCAUCAUUAAUAUCACAUCAAAACAAUCCAAUGAUCGAUUCAAAUCUAUCAGCAAAUCAUCCUAUUCAUAACAACAGUACUAACAAUACUACUAGUAAUAAUAAUCCAAUAAAUAGUCAUUUUGCUAGUUUCGGUUUGCCAUUUUCAUCUGGAACAAGUAAAUCACAUGAACGUCGUAUACGCGUACUAGAAAAACAACAUGCCUCUGGUGAAUCAUGUCAUCCAUGUGUUCCAUAUAUAGCUGCUGGAGUAAUGACACGUCUAAUACACUUAGAUUUACGUCAUCCAGAUACAAUUAUAAAUGACGUUGGUAAUGUAAUGAUUAAUUGUUGGAAACAUCGUCAAUUAGCUGAUAUUGUUGAACGUUAUUUAGCAUUUCAACGUAUUCCAUAUACAUUUAAUGUAGAUGAUAAUAUACGAGAAUUCUUAGAACAUGUUGAUCCAUUUGAACUAGCUGGCGUUUCAUCUGAGGCAGAGUUUGAAAGUAAAAUGUAUCAGUUGUCUGAAUCUUAUGAACCAAGGGAUACUGAGACGGUGAAUGAACCAAUUAUACCGGAGGAACGUCAUAUGACUAAAGAAGAAAUACAAGCUGCACAAUUACUCAGUAAUGCUCCAUUAAAAGAACGUAUAUCAGUACCGUCUGUACUUCAGUUUAAUAAUUUGCUAAAUUCACCUAAUAUUACUGCUAAUGCCAAUAAUAGUAGUGCUAAUAAAUCACCACUAUUAUUGUUAUCAUCAUCGUCAUCUACACCAUUCACUACCAGUGUUGCUACCGAUAGUACAAAUGAACAUAAAAAUUCAUCAAAGAAAUCUAGUCAUCAUCCUUCGUCAUCGUCACCAUCAUCACAAAUCAGUGUAACUAUUAUUAAUAAUGGUAGUAACAGUAGUAAACAUUCUCAUAGUGAGAUACAAGAACGUAAAUAUUUACGUAUUCCCAAUGCAUUUUCUCUAUCUUCACAUACAUCCAAUACAACUGUAUCAGGCGCUAAACAUCAACACAGUAUGUCUGACAGUCAUGUCAUUUCUCCGAUAAUUUCUCCCUGUCAUCAAGCAGCAAAUUCAGUGAUUGGAGUAACCACUUACUCUGCUACUGCUGGGUUGUCACCGCCAUCAACUCCUUAUCCUUCUUCAUGUGUUGGUUGCUCGCAUCAACCACCACCUCCACCAUUACCGCCUAGACAAAGCCGUCAAAGUUGUAAUUGUUGGAAACAUUCGAAAGCCCCAAAUUCCACUGGUACAACUCUGCACAGAAUACCUACUCCACCAUCUUCUCUUCAUUCAUCGAAUACUUCCUGUGCUUUCUUUUCAACUAUGGAAAAUUGUAAGUGUUUACCACCACCGCCACCUCCUCUACCUCCAAAAUUAAACUGCUCUAUUCGUUCGACUGCAGCAACAACAACAACUGCUCCUGUCACCUACAGUCGAUCUCCCGAUGAGUCUUCUCCUAAUCAUUCGAAUUUUUUUCAAUCAGUCACAUUCACUCCAGAUACUACUACUACUACCACCACCACUGAGUGUAGUAUUGUUGAAACAGCACCACCAUUACCACCAAGAAGAAAUGCUUUCAAUAAUACCAGUACUAUUACUACUACUACAACAUUAUGCAAUACAUUAUCCGAUCACAUUAACAGAUCACCUGAUACAUGACAAUAUGCUGUAUAGUUUGAUUAUUGCUUCUUAUUUUUAUGCUACAAAUUCAUUCCUUCUCGAAUCAUGCACUCUAGUUAUAAUCUAUUCCUUACUGUCACUGAUACUACUAUUAUAAAUUUUCUGUUCUUCUUAUCGAUUCCCUCUUUUACUGUGUACUAUUUGGAAACUUUGGUUGAUGUACCUUUGUACAGAAUCCAAUAUUACUUAUUGUUUACUGACUUUAUACAUAUAAUGCAUACUAAGAGUGUAAUCUCAUCUCAGCUAUGUAGUUUAUGUCUGUUCGUGUGAAUUAAAUUCUUUGUUUACUGUCAUUAUCAUUCUAAAGCAUUAUUCAUUGCCUUCUUUUCAUUAACAAGGAAUUUCAACUAAGAUAGUGUGUUUUUCCAUUCUCGGUUCUUCUCUUCACUCGUAUACCAUUAAUAUGCAUUUAGUGUAAACUUUUCUUCCCCCCUCGUCUUCCUUUUUCCCGUAUAAGGUUACAAAUGGUUCAGAAUCAAUCACUCAUAGACACAUUCUUGUUUUUUUUUUAAAAGAACAACUGCGAAAUUAUUCCAAACUUUAUUCCACAUAUCUAUUCUAUCUCUUGGACUCAUUUUCUCCUUGCUUUAUAUAUUUUUUGUUGCUAUCGAUUCUGUGAAUACUCCUACUACUUUGGUGUACUCUUCAUAUUUCUCUCCAUAGUUUCAUCUUACCAUGAUGAUCUAGAAUUAAAACGUGACCAAAUCUGAGUAUAUUUGUUAAAUCUUACUUUCCUUAUGAUUUACUGAUACAGUAACUGGUAAAUCUACGCCGCGAUGCUCAGUCGAAACAAGUGUACAGUUAUGUUUUCUUUCUUCUACACCUUGAUUAUCGUUAAUUUCAUGUUAAGAUAAACAAAACAACAACAAAAUCGGAAAAAGAACAUUGAAACCAUAAAAACAUAAGAUCAGUUAUCUCAGAUUUCUAUGAUUUAUUUUUGGCUGUCUUUAUGAUUGUUUUCACUGCUUUUCAAUUUUGUAACUCAUUUUGAUUUUCAUUUUUCUACCGGUGUUCAAAUGUGGAUGAUUCAUUUCUAACAUAAAUGCAUUUUCAUUUUGUUCUAUGAAUUGCAUGUUGUAUGUGGCACCAACUACGAGUUGUCCAAAAAAAAAUCAAGUCAUUGAGUUAUACGUACUUUUAAGUUUAUUUAUUUGUAAAACAAAUAGACGCAUGUGUAUAUGAUGUUGAUGUUGAUGAUGAUGCUUUUAUUGUCUGAACAAUUGAACUACUUGUCUUAUUGUUUUCUUUACUUAUUAUUCAAUUAUAUUUUCUAAUAAUCUUUGAUUUGCUUUUUGUUUUCUCCCUUUUCGAUCUGUUUUUCUUUGUUUAAUUCUUUUUUCAUUUUCGUUUUGUACGUUUAUCGGUCAAAAGAAUGUGUGUUUGUCAGUUAUUAGUAGUCUAUUUACUUUUCAUUUGCAAUUUUUAUCCCGAUUUAUAGAGGUUGUGAACAAUUUUUUGCAGUUUGCCAAUUAAACAAAGUCCCCAUAUAUAUAUAUAUAUAUAUAUAUAUAUAUAUAUAUAUAUAU